GUCGCCGUCAGUGACCCAGCGAUCAAAUGCGCAGGCGUCAAGGUCGGUGAUGUUCCGGAAUAUCGCGCAUGCGCUCCGUGGACAAAAGGCUCUGGAGCAUCGGCUGCAGGUUAGAAACGGCAAAGAAUUUGUGCACGGGAAUCUCACGCACAACCACAGAUAUUUCCCUUGUAACACCAAUAUAUCUGUUGUUGAUCCUUGGAGAUGAGGAUGUAAACGUGCUUUGACUCUGAAAUGAAGUCUUCUGUUGUAAUUCAGUGAAAUCUACAAGAACCAGGUGCUGAGAGCACACCAGCAGAGAUCAGGUCUUCAACUGCAUCAGUUGUGUGAGGGAUUCAGUACGUGUGACAUCUGACUUUAUGAAUUGAUCACAGGGAGAUAUCAUUCUCCUUUUCUCACACGUGUGGGGAGCAAUUCUCACUCAGCCGACCCACAGAUACACCAGUGAAUUCACAACGGGGAGAGGCCAUUCACCUGCGCUGUGCUUGGGAGGGAUCUAAUCAGUCAUCCAGCCUGAAGAUACAUCAACACGUUCAUACCGUAGUGAGAUGGUUCACCUCUUCUGUCUGUGGUAAACGAUUCAUUCUGUCAUAUAAGCCGAAGAUCCUUCAGGAUAUUCACAGCUUUGACCUGCAGGCCAUUCACCUGCUCCAUCUGUAGGAGAGGUUUGCUCGGUCAUCUGAACUGCUGACACACAAGUGAGUCCAAACUCAAAAGAAGCUGUAUAUAUGCUCUGAAUAUGUGAAGGGAUUCCCUCAGUCAUUCCAUCUAGAGACACACCAGUCAGUUCGUAUUAUGGAGAUGCAGUUUUCCUGCUCCGAGUGUGGGAAGGGAUUCACUCAGUUGUCUCAACUGAGAGUACACCAGCAAGUUCACACUGGGGAGAGACCAUUCAACUGCUCAGACUGUGGGAAGGGAUUCUCUCGGUCAUCUCACCUCCUGGCACACCAGUCAAUUCACACUGGGGAGAGGCCGUUCACCUGCUCUGAAUGUGGGAAGGGAUUCAGUCGAUCAUCUCACCUACUGGCACACCAGUCAGUUCACACUGGAGAGAGGCCAUUCAUCUGCUGUGAAUGUGGGAAAGGAUUCACUCAGUUAUCCCACCUGAAGACACACCAGCGAGUUCACACUGGGGAAACGCCUUUCACCUGUUCUGAAUGUGGGAAGGGAUUUACUCGGUCAUACCACCUACAGACACACCAGCGAGUCCAUACGGGAGAGAAGCCAUUCAUCUGUUCCGUGUGUGGGAAGGGAUUCAGUCACUCAUCUCACCUACAGACACACCAGUCAGUUCACACUGGGGAGAGGCCGUUCAUCUGCUCAGACUGUGGGAAGGGAUUUCCUCGGUCAUUUCAACUGAAGGUACACCAGCGAGUUCAUACUGGGGAGAGGCCGUUCACCUGCUCAGACUGUGGGAAGGGAUUCUCUCGGUCAUCUCAUCUACUGGCACACCAGUCAAUUCACACUGGGGAGAAACUGUUCACUUGUUUAGACUGUGGGAAGGGAUUCAGUCAGACAUCUCAACUGAAGCUACAUCAGCGAGUUCACACUGGGGAGAGGCCAUUCACCUGCUCUGAAUGUGGGAAGGGAUUCACUCAGUCAUCCCACCUUGUGGCUCACUACCGAGUGCACACUGGGGAGAGACCUUUCACCUGCUCUGAAUGUGGGAAGGGAUUCACUCAGUCAUCCACCCUUGAGGUGCACUACCGAGUUCACACUGGUGAAAGGCCGUUCACCUGCUCUGAAUGUGGGAAGGGAUUCUCUCAGUCAUCUACCCUUGUGGCACACUACCGACUUCACACUGGGGAGAGACCGUUCACCUGCUCUGAAUGUGGGAAGAGAUUCACUCAGUCAUGCAACCUUGUGGCGCACUACCGAGUUCACACUGGGGAAAAAGUUUAACUAAGCUGCAUGCUGGAUAUGUUCACCUUGAAUGGGACUACAGUUUAAUCUGGAUCUGAGACAAGUACAGCAGUUCUAUUUCAAACUGUUGUCUCAGGUACCUAGUGGUCACCCAGUGUAGAGUAAGGUGUCAACUCAGCCCAGCUGAUCUCUGCCAGUGUUUCUAUUCCAUGACAGUCAUUUUAAAUCCAUCCCUGCUGUACACCUCUUGUUCUCCCUGUGAUGAUGGGUUCCAAACAGUCACCACUCUGUGGGUGAAGGAGUUUCCCUUGAAAUUCCUGCAAAAUUUCCUGCUGACUGAAGAAGACAAGCUGACUGCAGUUGUGUCUGAUGUGUUCUUCGUCUUUCAAAUCUCUGGGCUGCGGGAGAAUGACAUUGGUAGUUAACCUCCUCAUUCCCUGCUCAUUUCAAUGUUAUGGGUUAUUUUCACUGCUCUAGAGCUGUGUCUCACACAGCUGGGUUGUUAGAAUACACUACUGUCCUCUAAAUUCUGAAAGCAGAAUGCAGAACCAUAUGUUGGAUGUUCAGCGGAGCAGCAUCAGAAACCAGAGGCAGGUCAGCACAGGGCAGGGAUUGGGGCUCUGGACAGUGGUAGAGGUAGGAGCAUGUGAUGAGGAGCUGUGGGGGUGGGGGGGCGAAAUGUGACAGUGAUUGAGUAGCAACAUUUGGAAGCUGAUUGGCAGAAAAAAUUAGGUUGACUUUGACUGCUGAGCCACACACAAUUCCUGCUGACAUCAAGUAUAUUGCUUGAGAUCUGCUGUGUUAAACUGGCUACUAAGUGCUCUCUUCAUAUUGAUUGAGUUGGUGCCAUUUGGUAGAGAGAAAGUAAUGCUUGUAAACACUUUCAAUGGCACCAUUCUUACCCAGAAACCUCUGAGCUUCAGAAUAUGCUAUCUCUGUGAAUUGAGCACACAGGUGCUGAGAGUCUGUUGGAUCCAACUAUCUAAUUUUAAUUGUCAUUUUCUUUGCAGUUUAACAAUUAAUUAUCUGCUUAUAUUUUAAGCUGCCUUUAUAUGCACAACAGUUUAAUAUGCCUCUCCUGGCUACACAAGGUAUAGUUCUGAAGCUUCUUUAUACUUCAUUGAGUAAGUGUUUUCUCGUUGGUUAAUUUUUACUGAGGUAUUAACUAAGUGAUUUCUAACUGGUUUAUUAUUAUCUAUAGAUUUAAAUGGAAUUUUCCUUACCUCUGGGUGUAAAAGUAGCUGUUUUAUGCUAGACACCAUCUUUAGUUUCUCUCUGUUCUUCAAGCAGUGGACCACUGUCACUGUUCUGUUCCUGUUUUAUCAAUUUUGAAUAAAACAAUUGUGAAGCAAUUGAU